UUUCUAUUCGUUUCUCCCAAUCAAAAUGUAACGUUUCCUUACACCCCUCACUCGUCUCAUAGUCAAAUUGUGCUCUCCGAUCCCCACCUCCACGAUGACCCACCGGCAGCGUACUCCGCCGUCGCCGGAACCAGACUUAUCUGAUGAAUCUCCCUACAACAUAAUCCCAAUCCACAAUCUACUAGCAGAUCAUCCGUCCCUCCGUUUCCCAGAAGUUCGUGCCGCCACCGCUGCUCUACGGGCUGUUGGCGACCUACGCAGACCGCCCUUCAUUCCAUGGCAACCUCACUACGACCUCCUCGACUGGCUUGGCGCCUUCUUUGGUUUCCAAUCGGACAACGUUUCAAACCAGCGGGAACACCUCGUUCUCCACCUCGCCAACGCCCAGAUGCGGCUCCAGCCACCGCCAGACAAUAUCGAUACUCUCGACCCCUCCGUGCUACGCCGCUUUCGCCGUAAGUUACUCAGCAACUACACCCACUGGUGCUCCUUCCUCGGCCGUAAAUCCAACAUCUGGAUCUCUGACUCCCGCCGCCAAUUCUCCGCCUCCGACCACCGCCGUGAGCUUCUGUACGUUUCACUUUAUCUACUUAUUUGGGGUGAGUCCGCGAAUCUACGCUUUAUACCCGAAUGUAUCUGUUAUAUAUUUCAUCAUAUGGCUGAGGAGCUGAACAAAAUUCUAGAAGAUUACAUCGAUGAGAACACAGGUAGGCCUGUUUUGCCCUCAAUUUCUGGGGAAAACGCAUUCCUGAACCGCGUUGUUAAACCAAUUUACGAUACUGUUAAGGCCGAGGUAGCGAACAGUAAGAACGGCACAGCACCACAUUCAGAUUGGCGGAAUUACGAUGAUAUAAACGAGUACUUCUGGAGCAGAAGGUGUUUCGAGAAAUUGAAGUGGCCUAUAGAUAUCGGGAGCAAUUUCUUCGCAACGACAAGCAAAGGGAAGAGGGUAGGGAAGACAGGUUUCGUGGAGCAGAGAUCCUUUCUGAACCUGUUUAGAAGCUUCGAUAAGCUCUGGACUAUGUUGUUUCUGUUUCUACAAGCUGCCAUCAUCGUUUCCUGGAGAGAUCCAGACCAUACUCCAUGGAGGGCGUUAAAGAACAAAGACGCCCAAGCAAAAGUUCUAAGUGUGUUCAUAACUUGGAGCUGUUUGCGGUUUGUGAAAGCUCUUCUUGAUGCUGUGAUGCAGUAUAAACUCGUUUCCAGAGAGACUUACUGGCUUGGUGUAAGAAUGGUGUUGAAGAUCAUUACGUCUGUUAUCUGGAUCAUAAUCUUCGUGGUGUUCUACACUAGAAUCUGGAAUCAAAAGAAGGAUGAUGGGCGUUGGUCAGGUGCAGCCAAUAAACGAGUGGUAACUUUCCUUGAAGUCGCACUAGUGUUCAUCCUCCCUGAAAUUCUAGCUCUUCUUCUCUUCAUUCUUCCAUGGGUUCGUAACUUCAUUGAAAACACAAACUGGAGAAUCUUCUACCUCAUAACCUGGUGGUUCCAAAGUAGAACUUUUGUAGGCCGUGGUCUGCGUGAAGGUCUAGUAGACAACAUCAAGUAUUCUCUAUUCUGGAUCAUUGUUCUUGCCACAAAGUUCUGUUUUAGUUACUUUUUACAGAUCAAACCAAUGAUUAAGCCCACAAAAGAUCUUCUAGACCUCACAGAUGUCACAUACGAAUGGCACCAAUUCUUUGGUAACAGCAACAGGUUUGCAGUAGGCCUUUUAUGGCUACCAGUUGUUUUAAUCUAUCUCAUGGACACACAAAUCUGGUACUCCAUUUACUCUUCCUUCGUGGGUGCUGCAGUUGGGCUUUUUAGUCAUUUGGGUGAGAUCAGAAAUGUCCAACAACUAAGAUUAAGGUUUCAGUUUUUCGCAAGUGCAAUGCAGUUCAAUCUUAUGCCUGAAGAACAGUUGUUGAACACAAGAGGGACUUUUCGGUCAAAGUUCAAAGACAUUCUCUAUCGAUUGAAGCUAAGAUAUGGUCUUGGGAGACCAUUUAAGAAACUCGAAUCAAACCAAAUCGAAGCUCAUAAAUUUGCUUUGAUAUGGAAUGAAAUCAUUUUGACAUUUAGAGAAGAAGACAUUGUUAGUGAUCUUGAAGUUGAGCUUCUUGAAUUGCCACAAAACACAUGGAACAUUAGAGUUGUACAAUGGCCAUGUUUGUUGCUGUGUAACGAGUUGCUUCUUGCUUUAAGCCAAGCAAAAGAGUUAGUUGAUGCUCCUGAUAGAUGGCUAUGGAAGAAAAUCGGGAAAAACGAAUACAGAAGAUGUUCAGUUAUUGAAACUUAUGAUAGUAUCAGACACUUGCUUCUAACAAUUGUACAAUACAACACACAAGAACACUCAAUCCUCACAACAUUAUUUCAAGAAAUCGAUAACUCAAUCAACAUCGAAAAGUUCACUAAAACUUUCAACAUGUACGCCCUCCCUACAAUCCACACAAAGCUCAUCACUCUUGUCGACCUCUUGAUAAAAUCAAACAAAGAUGUCAACAAAAUAGUCAACACAUUACAAUCACUUUACGAGGUUGUGAUUCGCGAUUUCUUCAAAGAAAAAAGAUCCAUGAACGAGUUAAAAGAAGACGGUUUAGCCCCUCACAGGCCACUUUCAGGUGCGGGUUUACUUUUUGAGAAUGCAGUCUCACUACCCGAUCCAAAAAACGAAAGCUUUUACAGACAAACACGAAGACUCCACACGAUUUUGACUUCCCGUGACUCCAUGAACAACAUUCCCGUGAAUCUUGAAGCAAGAAGACGAAUUGCAUUCUUUAGUAACUCAUUGUUCAUGAACAUGCCACAUGCACCUCAAGUGGAGAAGAUGAUGGCUUUCAGUGUUUUGACACCUUACUACAAUGAGGAAGUGGUGUACAACAAAGAACAGCUUCGAACAGAAAAUGAAGAUGGGGUUUCCACUCUUUAUUAUCUUCAGACAAUCUAUGCAGAUGAAUGGGUGAACUUUUUGCAACGGAUGCGUCGCGAAGGGAUGCUGACCGAAGACGAGUUAUGGACAAAAAAGUUAAGAGAUUUGAGACUUUGGGCAUCUUACAGAGGGCAGACACUUGCCCGAACUGUCAGGGGUAUGAUGUAUUAUUAUCGGGCACUUAAAAUGUUGGCUUUUCUUGAUUCAGCUUCUGAAAUGGACAUUCGUGAAGGUGCAAAAGAAUUAAUUCCAAUGGGGGGUAGUGCUCGGGAUUUAACCCGGGCAGAUAGUCGGGUCAGUAUGAUGUUCAAAGGGCACGAAUAUGGAACAGCUUUAAUGAAGUAUACUUAUGUAGUUGCGUGUCAGAUAUACGGGACCCAAAAGGCGAAAAAGGACCCACAUGCUGAUGAGAUUCUUUAUUUGAUGAAAGAGCAUGAAGCAUUACGUGUGGCGUAUGUUGAUGAGGUGGCGACGCCUGGUGGGACGGAUUAUUUCUCUGUUUUAGUCAAGUUUGACCAAACUCUUGGAAAAGAAGUUGAAGUUUAUCGGGUCAAGUUACCGGGUCCGUUAAAACUCGGGGAAGGUAAACCCGAGAAUCAAAAUCACGCCCUGAUUUUCACCCGUGGAGAUGCUGUUCAAACCAUUGACAUGAAUCAAGAUAAUUACUUUGAAGAAGCUUUGAAAAUGAGGAAUCUGUUAGAAGAGUACAAACAAAAAUACGGGAUCCGUAAACCGAAUAUCCUAGGAGUCCGCGAAAACAUCUUCACGGGGUCUGUUUCUUCACUCGCGUGGUUCAUGUCAGCUCAAGAAACGAGUUUUGUCACUUUGGGUCAACGGGUCCUCGCGAACCCGUUGAAGAUCCGUUUACAUUACGGGCACCCGGAUGUUUUUGAUCGCUUCUGGUUCAUGACACGUGGCGGAAUCAGCAAAGCUUCAAGAUUGAUCAACUUAAGUGAAGACAUUUUCGCAGGGUUUAAUUGUACUUUAAGAGGCGGAAACGUAACCCACCAUGAGUAUAUUCAAGUAGGAAAAGGUCGCGAUGUGGGUUUAAAUCAAGUCUCCAUGUUUGAAGCCAAAGUUGCAAGUGGAAACGGUGAACAAGUUUUGAGUAGAGAUGUAUACAGAUUGGGUCAACGCCUUGACUUUUUCAGAAUGCUUUCUUUCUUCUACACAACAGUCGGAUUCUUCUUCAACACAAUGAUGAUUUCUUUAACUGUAUACGCUUUCUUGUGGGGCCGAUUAUAUCUCGCAUUAAGCGGGGUUGAGAAUUCGGUUUCGGAAAACGCAAAUACAAAUAACGCAUUGGGGACGAUUUUAAACCAACAGUUUAUCGUCCAGCUUGGACUUUUCACAGCUUUACCAAUGAUUGUCGAAAAUACCCUCGAACACGGUUUUCUCGCAGCUAUUUGGGAUUUCAUCACAAUGCAGUUACAACUCUCGUCUGUUUUUUAUACAUUCUCGUUGGGCACGCGUUCGCAUUACUUCGGGCGGACGAUUUUACACGGUGGAGCGAAAUAUCGGGCAACCGGGCGGGGGUUUGUUGUCCAACACAAAUCUUUCGCUGAAAAUUACCGAUUAUAUGCACGAAGUCAUUUCAUAAAAGCGAUCGAACUUGGUUUAAUCCUGACUGUUUAUGCUGCUUAUAGCCCUGUGGCUAAAGGAACCUUCACUUACAUCGCGUUAACCAUUUCAAGUUGGUUUCUCGUGGUGUCAUGGAUCAUGGCUCCAUUUGUGUUCAACCCAUCCGGAUUCGACUGGUUGAAAACCGUGUAUGACUUCGAUGAUUUCAUGAAUUGGAUUUGGUUUAAAGGAGGCGUGUUUGCAAAACCGGAAGAAAGCUGGGAACGAUGGUGGUAUGAAGAACAGGAUCAUUUAAGAACAACGGGUUUGCUCGGGAAAAUAUUCGAAAUCAUUUUGGAUCUUCGAUUCUUUUUCUUUCAAUACGGGAUUGUUUACCAAUUAGGGAUUGCAGCUGGAAGCAAAAGUGUUGCGGUUUAUAUUCUUUCGUGGAUUUACAUUAUUGUGGCUCUUGCGAUAUAUUCGGCGAUUGUGUAUGCGCGCGAUAAGUACUCUGCGAAAGAGCAUAUUUACUAUCGGCUUGUGCAGUUUCUUGUGAUUGUGAUUGGGAUUUUGAUAAUUAUCGCGUUGUUGGAGUUUACGAGUUUUCGGUUUCUUGAUAUUUUGACGAGUUUGUUGGCGUUUGUUCCUACUGGGUGGGGGUUUUUGUUGAUUGCUCAAGUGUUUAGGCCGAUUUUGGAGAAGAGUUUUAUAUGGGCGACUGUUGUGUCGGUUGCAAGGACUUAUGACACGAUGUUUGGGGUGGUUGUGUUGAUGCCUGUGGCAGCUUUGUCGUGGUUGCCAGGGUUGCAGUCGAUGCAAACGAGGAUCUUGUUUAAUGAAGCGUUUAGUAGAGGGUUGAGGAUAUUUCAGAUUGUUGUUGGGAAGAAAUCCAAAAGUUGAAGUGUCAUUCGAGGGUUUGUUCGGAUGGAUAUAUGAGCUUAGAGUUUGUAGAAGCAGGGCUGAGGUGUUUGCUAUAUAAACAGAGGUUUGUUUGAUGUGGGGGAUGAUAUGAUGGGAGGAGUAUAUAUACAAAAUAUAGAAGAUGAGAUGAUGGUGUACAGGCUUGUUGAUUUUUUCAUUAGCAGCAUGUGAAAAAAGUCUACUUACUUGUGUAGUUAAAAUGAGAGAUGAUCACUAGACAAUAUUUUUGGUAAAUCUGAUUUGUUUAUUUGUGAAUUUUGUGUAUUUUCUUGUUUAGUGAGAGGACUAGACGAUAUUCUUUUUGGACAGAUAGUUGUCUAUCAACAACUUUGAGUAGAUUGGAGGUUAUUCUAUUUCUAUUUCUAUUUCUA